AUAUUAUACACGGUAAACUUUUCCAAGAUCGUCGUUUCCUGGAAAUCGAUUAUGCCCAAGGUCGAGAUGUUCCACCUGGUUACAUCUCCAAGAUAGCAAAAACUUUAGAGGAUUGGGUGCAUUCCUGCGAAGCCAUUUACAACUGUCUUGACGCGCAAAUUCAAAUAGCCAAUGCGGAGAAGUCAAAGCGUUUAGAAAAAAAGAAAGAUAUCGAGCAAAAG